AUGGCCCCCAAAGGUAAUAAUAUGAUCCCCAAUGCCCACUUCCACAAGGACUGGCAACGAUUCGUAAAGACUUGGUUUAACCAGCCCGCUCGCAAGUUCCGUAGGAAGGUGAAACGUGUAAAGAAGGCUCGUGCCAUUGCACCCAGACCAGUGGCUGGACCCCUUAGGCCUGUAGUCAGAUGUCCCACAGCCAGAUACCAUAAUAAAAUACGUGCAGGGCGCGGCUUCACUCUGCAAGAGCUAAAAGCUGCAGGAUUGAACCCUCGCUUUGCCAGAACUGUUGGAAUUUCUGUGGAUCAUCGCAGAAGGAACAAGUCUGUGGAAUCAGUACAGGUGAAUACCCAGAGGCUGAAGGAGUACAAAUCCAAAUUGAUCCUGUUCCCCAUACACAACAAGAAGAAAUUGAGGACUGGUGAAGCUACUGAAGAAGAACGUAAAGUAGCCACUCAACUGAAGGGUGAGGUACUGCCAAUUCGCCAAGCCAGCAUUAGGACCAAGGCAAGGGUACCUACUGAGGAAGAGAAGAAGUUUGAGGCAUAUGUGACACUGAGGAAAGCAAGGGCUGACGCAAGGCUGGUUGGCAUCCGUGCCAAGAGGGUCAAGGAAGCAGCAGACAACCCUGAUGAUGUCACUAAAGUACCCAAGAAAUCUAAGAAGUAA